UACAACAAGGGAUUUUACACAGCUACUCAGGAGAAACGAAAUGAUCUGCCUUGGAGCCGCAGCAAAAUGCUGGAUGGACACCUACUCCUGGGAUGGUUAUCGUUCACAGUUAUAGUGUACCUUUUCAAUUUGCCCGGACCGACAACAGCUUAUUUCGGACUGACAGGUAAUGAACCCCUGUCCAUUCUACCGCUGAGCUUCCAACCCGAGGAGAACGUGGGCAGGGCCCACUACAAGCUGUGCGACCGGCUCAAACUGGAGAAAAAGCAGAGGCGGAUGUGUCGACGAGACCCGGGCGUGGCUGAGACCCUCAUGGAGGCCAUCAGCAUGAGCGCCCUGGAGUGCCAGUACCAGUUCCGCUUCGAGAGGUGGAACUGCUCUUUAGAGGGUCGCUACAGAGCCAACAUUUUAAAGAGAGGUUUUAAGGAGACAGCCUUCCUGUAUGCUGUCUCAUCAGCAGGCUUGACUCACGCCAUGGCCAAGGCGUGUAGCGCCGGGCGGAUGGAGCGUUGCACCUGUGAUGAAGCACCAGACCUGGAGAACCGCAAGGCCUGGCAGUGGGGCGGCUGUGGAGACAACCUGAAGUACAGCAACAAGUUUGUCAAGGACUUCCUUGGCAAACGCUCCAACAAGGACCUGCGUGCCCGCGUGGACAUGCACAACACUAACGUGGGCAUGAAGGUGAUCAAAGCCGGGGUAGAGACUACCUGCAAAUGCCAUGGCGUCUCAGGCUCCUGCACCGUCCAGACAUGCUGGAGGCAGCUCUCGCCCUUCCAUGAGAUCGGCAAGCAGCUGAAACAGCGCUACGAGACCUCUCUGAAGGUGGGCAGCUCCACCAACGAGGCCACGGGGGAGGGGGAAAUCUCCCAGGCCCGGCCCCAGCAGCAGCAGCCCGCACCAGGCCCCAGCAAUGACCCAAUCCCACGCACCAUGGACCUGCUCCACAUCGAGGACUCGCCCAGCUUCUGCCGGCCCAGCAAGUACUCGCCAGGCACCUCGGCCAGGAAGUGCUACAAGGAUAAGAACUGCGACGCCAUCUGCUGCGGCAGGGGCCACAAUACCCAGAGCCGCGUGGUGACCCGGCCAUGCCAGUGUCAGGUGCGCUGGUGCUGCUACGUCGAAUGCAAGCAGUGCACACAGAGAGAGGAGGUCUACACCUGUAAAGGGUAGCCCAGUCUUAGAGGAGAGAGCAAGACAAUGGAGUUGGAGAACCUUAGCACUUUGAGGGAUUUUCUGUUGUGUGGGUUUGGUUCUAAUGCCCUGUGGCCCCAGCCAAUGGGGGUUGGGGUUGCAGCAGGAGAUUGGCCUUGUCUGACAACCGGGUCAACACGUGUCUCAUGCUUUCUGGUUGCAGAGUUAGAGCCUUGGAUAAAGGCUACCUCGCCUAUUCAACAUCCAGUCAGAUGUGUCAGUGAGAAAACGCAGCACUUGGCAGCUGUCUCCGGCUAGCAUGCUGUUAAUGAGGAUCCAAUAGAAUGACCGUAAUGGUAAAAGACUGGCUUUUGGGCCUUGCCCAAUGUAGAAAUGUGUGUGUUGGCGGUGAGUGAGGGUGCAGGGGAGUCAAAUGACAACUCAUAUGGCAAUCAUGGCAACCAUAUUCUGAAACUGUUAAGAACACAGGGUGUAAGAUUUAUUAUACGCACACAUAUUUACACUCACACACCAAUGUGUGUAUGCAUAUGUAUGUAAAUAAAUUAAAUUGUAUUAUAAUGAUAUUAUAUACACUUGCCACUUCUCUGAAUAUGUUAAAACAAACCACUAACUACACAAAUGUAUUGUUGUUUGUGUGUUCUCGCUCUCUUUUGCUUUAUAAUUUGUUUUGACAAGGCCCUUUGGAAAGCAGCACAUUUGUGUUCUUUGUGUCUCUCUGUGGAUCAUUCAUGGACCCUUUGGGACUACUCCUUCCCGAGGAGAGAAAACACGCUCAUUUGUCUUUGAUUCGUUUACACUAGAGUGAAAUUGUUGGUGAAUACAUGUAUAGAAAUUUCAUUUUCUUUGCCAGUAAUUUUAGGCUACUCUUAGGCGAACUCAACUAACGUUCAGGGAAUAACUGAAACCACUAUACUUAUUUGGAAAGAGUAAAAAGAAAAACUGAAAAUCUGCAUGUAAUCGAAAGUUCAAUGAGAGAAUGGCCUUGCUUUUCUGAGUCUAGUGUCUAUUACUGUCACCGUGACAACAGGAGACCGACCACCUGACCAGUAGAGAAUGCAUCUUUCAAUCAGCUGACUAAUGCUCUAAGUAAUAGCAACCCAACUAUGUCACCUUGCUUCUUGGUACUUAGUUAGCACUCUGUUUAAAAAGGAAAAGCCAAUCUUGCUAGUAAUACUACUAUAAAGUAAAGAAAACAGCAAACUAUGGGUACAGGAGAAAUGUAACCCCUAUUUCUAUACAUACACUCUCAUAUCCUUCCUUCCUCUCUCUAGAGUGCACCAUUUGAUUGACAAGGAUAAAUGGUUGAGGUUGAAAAUGAACAGUAUGAUGCUAUGGAAACUAAAAUCCAUCUUGACAUGUCUGCAAAAUGGCUUAAAAAUUAACACCCUGAGGCAAAUGCGUUCUUUUAGAGAUAGUCCUGCUGAAGCUUAAGGUGUAUUAUGGUGACAGAAUGUGUUUGCGACAACAAAGCAAAUGUAUGCUCUAGCUGUAGCCUAUGCAUUGUCUAUCCAUUGUUUGGAGCAUAGCUAACAGAUCUCCGCGACUGCAAAGGUACAAUCUCCUUUUGUGUUGUUUUGACAGUCAUUUUCUUUAAGGCAGGUUCCCAUUAUGUUGUACAGUAAGAUUUGUAUGACUAACAUUUAAUAUUGGAUGUUUGAAGUUUAAAAUGACUGGUGGCAAAGGCAGAGCCAACCCUGUAAACAGCUACAAUAACUCGUGAGAUGCAAUGUCAUCUUUAGAUUCCCUUUAGGUAUACAGUCUUUGCCUUGUUUUAAGUGGGUGAGAAUGAACUACUGAGUGAGGAACCCAACAUUGUAAGAUAGCCCCAUUCACGCACUGAAGCCUCAGAAGCCCUUUAUAAUUUCCCUUUAAAGUAUUUAAAGACCUUGUAUUUAUGAAUAUAUACAGUGCAGAUGUUUUUGUUUAUUGUAAAAAGCAGUGGUUUAUUCUCCUGUGGUAUAGAGACAAGAAUGAGGCACAUGGUAAAAUGUCACAGGCAAUUAAAAAGGACGUUGGUAGCAAUAAGGAGGUUAGGACCAAGACAUUUGAUGCUGGGAAGGCAAGUGGUAAAAUAUAAAAUAUAAGGCUAAACCAUGAAUAUGGAGUACAUUGCUGCUGUAAACUUUUGAUUGUAAGUGAUCAUCAGUAAGU